AUGCAAAAUCUUGUUAACUUGAACGAGCCUAAAAUCCCCCGAUAUCGCUAUUCGCAAGACAGCAGCACGUCUACCGAAUUGACUGGCGGCACAACGCUCAGGAGUCCCUUAAUGUUUAACAUGUCUGAACACACAGAAUGCCUGAGACUGACGCCCGUGAACAUCAAAAACCUUACUUCUCCCUUGAAGACAGUUGAUGACGGGGCAGGAUGCAUUUCAGACGAAAGUGCACCUUGUACAGGUUACAAGGAAAGCUUCAACCUUAUCUCGCGUAAGCUCGAAAAAAUACUGGGCGAUCUCAACGUCAUUUACCGUGAGAUCGGUUACUCCAACGACGAGAUCUCUGCCAAGGAAAAACUCAUUUUCAAUAAUUUGUCCGACUCAAUAACCGGGUUUUUCGAGCAUGCAAAUGAGGAAAAAGAGCGCAUCAUGUCCGACAAUCAAAACUGGGAGCAGGUCCUCCAGAGGGUUCUCCAAAUUUUGCGCGAUCCAAGAGGGACCAGUACCAUUCCGGAUCUUUACACAAGGAAUGUUUUGCUGUCGAACGACAGUCAGUCUGGCCGCCAACAACCGGGUUCUCCUAAAAAGCCAAUAUCCCUGCUCACCAAGAAAAAAAUCCUAUCCAAAGCUCGAAGUUAUGUGCUGAAAACGUACAGGCCCCAACUUGUUGAUUAUUUACAGGGUUCAAUCCGUCUCAGAUCCCUUCAUGAAGCGAUCGAUGAUUUUCGACCAGAGUACGAAGGGUUGAACAUAGAGUAUCUUUUGUCUACGGUGCCCCCCGUCGAGAUGAGCAAAUAUUUUCUGUCGUUCUUCGAUGCAACCCACGACAAUAACGUGGCCAAACUGUGUGAAUUUAUCACCGAAAAUAAAAAGAGCUUACUGCACACAGUUAACUUUGACGAUAUUUCCAAAGACGUGGUGCAGCACAUCCAAACUUUGAGCUGCCUGUAUGAGAAAGAAUAUAGUGCCAGAGCUAGGAAGCUGCAAUCCUUAUGUUCCGAACUUCUCGAUAUUAUAAGCGUUCUGGGACGAGAUGCACAAGACGAAUUAGAUCCUCAAAUUGUCAACACACUACGAGUGUACUCUCAACUAAAGGAACCUUACAGUCAGCCUUAUGACUGCUCCACAAAAACGCUGGCACGGUUAGGCAAAUUGUUCAAGGAUCUCAAGGCUGUUGAAGAGGCCAGGAAAAGGGAAAAAGCGAAGCUGGAACAAACAUGUUCUGAGCUGUGGGAAAAACUGAAAAUUCCUUCUUCUUACGUUCAAAAAUUCAGGUCGGAAAAUGCGUUUCUAUCAGCAAGCAUUUUACAGGCCUACCGUGAUGAGUUCCAACGCUUGCAAGGCAUGAAGAAAAAACUCAUCAAAAGCUUGAUUCAAGACUCUCGAAACAAAAUUCAAGAGUUGUGGUCGGCUAUGCAUUUAUGUGAGAAAGACACAUAUGGUUUCAAGGAGCUCUUUGAUACCAUGGUAUCACAGUCGACUUCCCUGGAAGAUGACGAGAAAGUUUUAGAAGCAUGCGAGACCGAGAUCAAAGACCUUGAAAGGCGCUUGGCGCUAUAUAAGCCCAUUUUGACGCUCAUUGACGAAUUCAAGUCUCUUCAAGAAGAUAAGUUAGCGUUAGAAAAAAGCAGUAAGGAUUCUUCAAGGCUUUUGUCUAGAAACUCCCACAAGAUUCUUCUCCAAGAGGAGAAAACCCGGAAAAGAAUAACUAGGCAUUUUCCCAAUGUUACUCAAGAGCUCAUAGUCAGGCUAUCAGACUUUGAAAGUGACUUUGGUGAGCCUUUUCUGUUAGACGGGGCCAAAUUUCUGGACAUAGCAUUGAAACAAGAGCAGGAACUCUUGAGCAAGUAUCCUAGGAGCCGAGUAAACUCAUCCUUUAGGCAUCCAAAAUCGAAGCCACCAUCCACCAGGCUAUCGCCUAUCAGGCUCAUAGAAUCGGAUAAAAAUUCCAAGAAUUACCGUAGAGGUCCCCGAAAUGUGUUAGAUUCCGGUCUGAAAUCAAGGCCAGGAAAGCCAUAUCCGUCCACGCUUCACAAUUCUUCGCCCAUUAGAGGACCAGAGUGGUCAGCGUGUAAACCCCUACGAUGGAACGAAAAGCCUCCCACCUUAUCACGAGCUUUCACAGCCGAAACAAUCGUUCAGAACAGCAGCCCUUCGAGAAUACCAAAAUUCAGCAGAGAUAACUUCUUUAAUGCCACCCCAAUUUUAAAAUUGCAAGAUGGUAGCGCAUCAACCAAAUCUCGACCAGCGGGACUGGCACUGAUGUCAUCUAAUAAGUUAAAUUCUAAUGAUUUCAGUAAUCAACAGAGAUCUGUGCAGCAAAUGUCUCUCGAAUCAGGCACACCAUUUUCUCGUGCUGCAGUGAGCCCCUCGGGCGCUUCAGAAAUGAACAAGGAAAACCUUGAAGGUUUGCCACUAAAAUCUCCAGUGAAAUUGUUAGCCAAGAGGCAUAGCCAAGAUCAAAUCUGGACUUUUAAAGAGAAGCACAACGAAACCCCGCUAACUCAGUUAACUGAAAGUAAUACCAAAAGCUUUUCUUCCUUAGAUCACAAAAGAGACAACCUUAGUGAACUCGAUGAUGAUGACACUAGCAUUAUGGAUGACGGGAAGUUCGCAAACUGGAAGAGGGAAAAACUGGCCAAUUUGAACAACGAACGAGGCGCCAAAAAUCCUGGCUCUUCGAUCAAUUGGGAAACGGAUGUAUUUUGA